AUGGCUACAUGGGAAACUUAUGGCAUUGAUGACACCCAUUAUGAAGUUGAUGAUAGAAAGCAUAGAUAUGUCGUUCAUUUAGAUAAUCAAACGUGUGGAUGUCGUAAAUGGCAACUUUCUGGCUUACCUUGUGGUCACGCUAUUGCUGUCUCAAGAUUUUUGAAGCAAAGUAACUAUCUUUCUUUUGCUAAGGAAUGGUUCCACAAACCAGUUUAUCAAGCAACAUACAGAGAAUCAAUCUUUCCUGUUGGGGAUACUGAUGAUUGGGAAAUUCUAGAAGAUGUUGAACCAUUGUUUCCACCACUAAUGGAGAAACGUCAAGCUGGAAGACCCAAAAACAAAGAUCGUAUACCAUCUCAAGGGGAAGUUCCAAUAAAGAAAGGUUGCACUCGUUGUGGUGAAUUUGGACAUAAACGAAGUCAAUUUCAGUCCCCUUUCCCAUCUCAGUCAAAGCCCCCCCGAUCAGGUUCACAAUCUGAAAACAAUGAUGCACUUGAUUUGGAUGAUAUGUAA